AUGACAACGAAUAUACCUGUGCAAUCAACUAAUGUGUCAGAUUUAUCAUAUAUAUCGAAACCAAUUGGUGAUUUAUUUGGAGAAUUACCAGUGAAUCCAGAUAAAUAUACUCGAUGUUUAUUAUCGGAAGAUCAAGUGGGAUUUUAUAAAGCAAAUGGAUAUUUAACUCAAGUACGUGUUCUCACCGAUGAACAAUGCAAUCGUAUUUUAGAUGAAUAUCAACGAUUUCUUUUAUGGAAUAAUAAUAAAGAAAAUUCUAGUGGAAAAAAUGAUGCACAUCUUUUAGAUUUUCCUGAAAAAGAGUUUUUAUAUGAAUAUCAUUCAAAUCAAAGUGAAGAUCCAAAUCAAGUUGUUACACAUAUGUUAGGACAUUGGAGAGUAUCACCAUUAUUUCAUGAUUUAUUAUUUAUGCCAACAAUUACUGUACCAACAUCACAAUUACUUGCUGCUCUUCAUCCAUCACAACAAACAUUAAUGCCAGUUCAAUUCUGGCAUGAUCAACUUUUUGCUAAACCAGCACAUCAAGGUGGACAAGUUGCUUGGCAUCAAGAUUAUUCAUAUUGGACACGUACAACACCAAUGCAACAUUUAACUGUACAUAUUGCAUUAGAUGAUCAAACAGAAGAAAAUGGAACAGUACAUUAUGUUCCAGGUUCUCAUCGUUGGUAUCGCAAUCAUGAUGGAAAAGAAGGUCCAUUACCAAUAACAGAUAUUGAUUUUAAAGAUAUGGAUAGUAUUAAAAAAGUUUUAACUGAAGAAGAAAUUCAACAAUUUCAACCAUUACCAAGUUUACUUAAAAAAGGUCAUGCAUCAUUUCAUCAUCCACUUACUGUUCAUGGUUCAUAUCCAAAUCGAACAUCAGAACCACGUCGUUCAGCUGUAUUAAAUUAUUUUGCAGAAGGUACACGAAGUGAUACCGAUGAACCACUUUUAAAUGGUAUACCAGCAAUAGCUCGUGGUGAACUUUUAAAUAGUCGUUUCUUUCCGUUAGUCUUUGAUCCUAAAUGGAUUUGA